AUGGACGGCAGCAUCCUGGACGGCCUCCCGACUGACGCCUUCGUGGAGAUCCUGCUUCGCCUCCCGCCGAGCGCCCGGCGGCGUUCCCGCCUCGUCUGCCGGCGGUGGCGCGACGUCGUCGACGCGCGCACGCCGGAGGGCCAGAGCCGCCGCGCCAAGGCACUGGUCUUCUUCUUGAAUCGUGGCAGCCACUCGCCGGAGCCGAGGUGCUCCGCCCACGUCUUCGACGACCUGUCGCCGCCGUCGUCGAGCGGCGGCGGCCGGGAGAUCUGGAACAGCGGCACGGGGACGGCGGCGGAGCUCGCCAUGGUCGGCUGCUGCAACGGCGUGAUCGCCCUGUGGGAGGAGGGCACCGGCCGCCUCACCCUCGUCAACCCGUCCACCGGCGAGACGCUCGCCGUCCCGCCGCCUCCGCGGCUGCCUCCGAAACGCCGGCAUCGCCGCGCCCCGCUGGUCGUCAGCUGUCUCAGCUUCGGCUACCACCCGAUCACGGGCAGGUACAAGAUCGUGCACCUCCCCGCAGACGACGCCAUGGCCGCCGCCUCUUCCAGCAGCUGGUGCAGCCCGUUCGACGUGGUGGAGGUCCUCGACGGCGCCGCGUACUGGGUCGCCGCGGACAACGCCGUCAUGUCGUUCGACCUCGAGCACGAGCGCGUCGCGGCCGUCGAGGCGCCUCUCCCGGCGAUGCCGCUCGGGACAUGGCUGGGCGCCCUGGCUGUCGUCGGCGGAAGGCUGGGAGUCGCCGUGAUGGGAUGCGCUGACAGCUACCCGACGACAACCAUUGUUGAGGUGUGGGUGCUCGAAGGUGGAAGAUCAGGAGACGAGGAGGAGCAGCGAACAUGGUCACGGCGAUAG